AUGGAUAUUCUACAGAAAGUCCCCCGACCCUGGGAUAUUCUACACAAAGUCCCCCGACCCAGGUAUAUUCUACACAAAGUCCCCCAACCCAGGUAUAUACUACAGAAAGUCCCCCGACCCAGAGAUAUUCUACACAAAGUCCCCGACCCUGGGAUAUUUUACACAAAGUCCCCCGACCCUGGGAUAUUUUACACAAAGUCCGCCGACCCAGAGAUAUUCUACACAAAGUCCCCCGACCCUGGGAUAUUUUACACAAAGUCCCCCGACCCAGGGAUAUUCUACACAAAGUCCUCCGGCCCAGGUAUAUUCUACAGAAAGUCCCCCGACCCAGGUAUAUUCUACACAAAGUCCCCCGACCCUGGGAUAUUUUACACAAAGUCCCCCGACCCUGGGAUAUUCUACACAAAGUCCCCCGACCCAGGUAUAUUCUACACAAAGUCUCCCAACCCAGGUAUAUUUUACACAAAUUCCCCCGACCCAGGUAUAUUUUACACAAAGUCCCCCAACCCAGGGAUAUUCUACACAAAGUCCCCCGACCCAGGUAUAUACUACACAAAGUCCCCCGACCCAGGUAUAUACUACAGAAAGUCCCUCAACCCAGGUAUAUACUACACAAAGUCUCCUGACCCAGGUAUAUACUACAGAAAGUCCCUCAACCCAGGUAUAUACUACAGAAAGUCCCCCGACCCAUGGAUAUUCUACACAAAGUCCCCCGACCCAGGGAUAUUCUACACAAAGUCCCCCGACCCAGGGAUAUUCUACACAAAGUCUCCUGACCCAGGUAUAUACUACAGAAAGUCCCCCGACCCAGGUAUAUACUACAGAAAGUCCCCCGACCCAGGUAUAUUCUACAGAAAGUCCCCCGACCCAGGUAUAUUCUACACAAAGUCCUCCGGCCCAGGGAUAUUCUACACAAAGUCCCCCGACCCAGGUAUAUUCUACACAAAGUCCCCCGACCCAGGGAUAUUCUACACAAAGUCCCCCAACCCAGGUAUAUUCUACAGAAAGUCCCCCGACCCGGGUAUAUUCUACACAAAGUCCCCCGACCCAGGUAUAUUCUACACAAAGUCCCUCGACCCGGGGAUAUUUUACAGAAAGUCCCCCGACCCGGGUAUAUUCUACAGAAAGUCCCCCGACCCAGGUAUAUUCUACACAAAGUCCCCCGACCCAGGUAUAUUCUACACAAAGUCCUCCGGCCCAGGGAUAUUCUACACAAAGUCCCCCGGCCCGACCCAGGGAUAUUCUACACAAAGUCCCCCGACCCAGAAAGUCCCCCGACCCAGGGACAUUCUACACAAAGUCCCCGACCCUGGGAUAUUCUACACAAAGCCCCCCGACCCAUGGAUAUUCUACAGAAAGUCCCCCGACCCAGGGAUAUUCUACACAAAGCCCCCCGACCCAGGGAUAUUCUACACAAAGCCCCCCGACCCAGGGAUAUUCUAUAGAACGUCACCCGACCCAGGAAAUGUCUUAACAAAGUUCCCCGACCAAGGGAUAUUCUACAUGAAAUCCCCCGACCCAGGGAUAUUCUGCGCAAAGUCCCCCGACCCAGCUUCUACGACAGAUGAAACACUGUCCCUCCGGUUUGGUUAA